AUGAAGGCGGCCCGAAGUGGCAAAUUGUGGGCCGUCAAACGCUUGAUCGCGGCAGGAGCCAAUGUGAACCUUAAAGAUCGGAACGAGGAGAUGGCACUUCACUUCUCCUGUAGACAAGGAUCUACCGACAUCACCAACAUGCUAAUCAAGGUGGGCUUUAGUGAUAGCUCAAUUAAAAUUCCAAUUAUAAUAAACCUGACGACCAAGCACGCUAAGGCUUCAGGUCUGAGGCCUGAACUGACCUCAACCCUAGGGCCUCAGGGUAACAGCCAUCAGGAUAGGGAUUUUUUAAUAAAAAAGCAUCCGCGAUUUCAGCCCGGUCGUCCGGAGGCGAUGCUGGAAAAAAAGUCGGCCAAACGUUGGGCGCGUCUGGCUGGAGCACGAAUGAAUGUUGCCAACCAGAUCGGUUUAACCCCUCUGAUGGAGGCGGUGAGCUACAACCAACGUGAUGCUGUCAAACUGCUGGUUAAUCAACGAACCCUGGACCUUUUCAAGCGAGACUACACAACUGGAGACACAGCCCUUCACAUUGCGGUCAAGAAGAACUACAUUCAGAUUGUAGAGAUUCUGCUUCAAGCGGGUAACUUCUGUUGA